AUGACCAUGUAUGUGUGGCUUAAACUUUUGGCAUUUGGUUUUGCCUUUCUGGACAUGGAAGUCUUGGUUUCAGCUGCCAUUAAUAUAACAGGAUUGACUGUAACAGAAAAACCCAGUGCACAGUCUCCAAGUGACCCCUUACCUGCUGGCACCACUGCAUUCUCACCCGCAAGCAUCUCUGAACGAGAACUUGACUCCUCAGAGACCACAUCUUCUUUGAGCCCAGACAAUAUCCCAAUCCAAGUACUCCCAACCCAAGUACUCAAUAGUACUAGUGCUGCUGACAUGACAGGUGUUCCCCCAGCACGGACGCCUAACCCUUCCACGCACGCAAACUCGCAAGCGCCCUCUGCCGGAUCUGACAAUCACACACCCAGCAGCAUGGCUGCGCUUACCGCACUCACCCCUGCUCCUGGCAGGAAUGGUACAACAGGUGCCCCAGGAGAGAGGAACACAUCCUUACCUGCAGACAUGGUUCUCACGUCUAUAGCGCCCCUCAUCCCUGCACACAGCAGCCCUACCGCUGCCUUACCUCCACACACCUCUAACACCACCAUCCGAGAUAUCUCCUCAGCUCUUAUUCCGUCUACACAGUACUUCGCAAGUACAACUCCAGCUACCCCAUCAUGUGAUAAGGAAAUUGCAAAUGUCUCUGUGGAAUUCACAUAUAACAAUACAGCCGAAUCAUAUAGUGUGAACCUAGGCAAUGAAGUGAAGUGUAACUCUGGUUGUGAAAACCUAAAGGAAUGUACAAAUAGCAAUGUUACAGUAUUCCGUGAUUCAUGUACACGUCCAUUUAAACCCUUAAAUUUAAAUGUACCACCAGCACGCGAACGAUUUACCUUAUCUAAUUGUACACAGCCUGAAAAAGCAAAUACUUCUUUUUGUUUAGAGUGGAAGAUAACUAGAUAUGAAAUGAACUGUGAUUAUCAAAACAUUACCUUCAGAUUUACAUGUGAUAAUAAAACAGUAAAUGAUUGCAGGAUUGACAUGGAAGAUCUUGAACCCAAAAAUAAUUAUUCUUGUGAUUUAGAAGUAUUUUAUAAUAAACAGAGAUUUAUUAAAGAGGAAAAAAAUAUCACAACAGAUAUUGGGAUUCCGGAAAAGCCUCGGAAUCUUACUUGUCCAAAGGUAUCAAAGAUAAAUGAUGAAAAAAUUACCUGGAAACCACCUGAGGAUGACUUCUAUAUGUUUUAUUUUUGUUAUUCUACAGAAUCAGGGCUUCCACUGGCUGAUGUUCAGAAGCGUAUUGCCAGGACUUUCUUCCUAGUCCACCUUAGUCUAGAAGCUCCUCUGGCAUCUGAUGAGCAUCAUAGCAACAGGAAAGUGGUGUUUGUGCUUGAGGUGUACUGGUCAGGAAUCAAACCUGGCCUCUUGCUAGAAGAUUAUAAUUCUACCACUGCACCACCACCUGCCCUUUCCACUAAUCCUUCACUUAUAGCUUACGGCAGAAUUGAGUUGUACAACUCAGAAAAUUCCAUUUUUGUGUUUGGAGAGAAAAAAUGCAGACAUAAAUUUCAAACACACUUAGAGAAUUGUACAAAACUGAGCAAACAUGAAACCAAUUAUACUUUGGAAAAUUUGAAACCUUAUAAAAACUAUUCUGUGUCAAUAUUUGCCUACAAUGAGGGAAAAGUGCAACGUAACGGAAUUGCAGUGACAUGUAAAUUUGAGACAGAAAUAACAGAACCACCUAACGUAACGGAUUUGGCGGUUACACGGACAACAGAUAAUAGUUUCUCUGUGAAGUGCAAGAACCCUACUGAUUGGAAUGGUCCUGAAAAAAUUUAUAAUUUGAAAGUAAAAAGUGGAGGUAAAAUAGUGUCAAAAAAAAAUAAAACAAUAUGUGAUUUCACACAAGAGAAUCUUCAAUAUUUAACACCAUAUGAGUUUCAGAUGUCUUUAUACAAUGGGAAGUUUUUUGGACCUGCAAUGAGUGUGACUCUUUCAACAUCUUAUAAUUCUAAUGCCCUGAUUAUCUUCCUGGCAUUUCUGAUUAUUGUGACAUCAAUAGCUCUGUUUGUUGUUCUCUACAAAAUCUAUGACUUGCAUAAGAAAAGGUCCUGCAAUUUAGAUGAGCAACAGGAACUUGUUGAAAGGGAUGAUGAAAAACAACUGAUGCAUGUGGAGCCAAUCCAUGCAGAUGUUUUGUUGGAAACUUAUAAGAGAAAGAUUGCUGAUGAAGGAAGACUGUUUCUGGCUGAAUUUCAGAGCAUACCACGGGUGUUCAGUAAAAUUUCCAUCAAGGAUGCUCGAAAGUCCUUUAACCAGAAUAAAAACCGUUAUGUCGACAUCCUCCCUUAUGAUUAUAACCGUGUUGAGCUCUCUGAGAUAAGUGGAGACUCGGGGUCAAACUAUAUAAACGCCAGCUACAUUGAUGGUUUCAAAGAACCUAGAAAAUACAUUGCUGCACAAGGACCCCGAGAUGAAACUGUUGAUGAUUUCUGGAGGAUGAUCUGGGAACAGAAAGCCACAGUUAUUGUGAUGGUCACUCGAUGUGAAGAGGGAAACAGGAACAAGUGUGCAGAAUACUGGCCAUCAAUGGAACAGGGCACCAAAACUUAUGGAGAUGUAAUUGUAAAGAUCAAGGAGCACAAGAUAUGCCCGGAUUAUAUUAUUCAGAAAUUGAACAUUACACACAAAAAAGAAAAAUCACCUGGCAGAGAGGUGACUCACAUUCAGUUCACCAGCUGGCCGGACCAUGGGGUGCCUGAUGAUCCUCACCUGCUCCUCAAACUUCGAAGGAGAGUGAAUGCGUUCAGCAACUUCUUCAGUGGUCCCAUUCUCGUACACUGCAGUGCUGGGGUCGGACGCACAGGCACCUAUAUUGGAAUCGAUGCCAUGCUCGAGGGCCUGGAGGCAGAGAACAAAGUGGACAUUUAUGGUUACGUAGUCAAGCUACGCCGUCAGAGAUGCCUGAUGGUUCAAGUGGAGGCACAGUACAUCUUGAUUCACCAGGCCUUGGUGGAAUACAACCAGUUUGGGGAGACAGAAGUGAGCUUGUCGGAACUGCAUCCAUAUCUAAAUAACAUGAAGAAAAGAGAUCCCCCCAGUGAGCCGUCUCCACUAGAAGCUGAAUUCCAGAGGCUUCCUUCAUAUAGGAGUUGGAGGACACAGCACAUUGGGAAUCAAGAAGUAAAUAAAACUAAAAACAGGAGUUCCAAUGUCAUUCCAUAUGACUUUAACAGAGUGCCACUUAAACAUGAACUGGAAAUGAGCAAAGAAAGUGAGCAGGAGUCAGAUGAAUCAUCUGAAGAUGAGAGCGACUCAGAGGAAACCAGCAAGUACAUCAAUGCAUCUUUUAUAGUGAGUUACUGGAAAACUGAAAUGAUGAUUGCUGCUCAGGGACCACUGAAAGAGACCAUUGGUGACUUUUGGCAGAUGAUAUUCCAAAGAAAAAUUAAAGUUAUUGUUAUGCUGACAGACCUGAACAGUGGACCUCAGGAAACCUGUGCUCAGUACUGGGGAGAAGGACAACAAACAUACGGCGAUAUAGAAGUUGCUUUGAAAGGCACAAACACUUCUUCAAUUUAUACCCUCCGUGAAUUUGAACUGAGACAUGCUAAGAGGAAGGACACCAGAAUUGUGUAUCAGUACCAAUACAGUAACUGGAAAGUGGAAGAACUUCCUGAAGAACCCAAAGAAUUAAUCUCUUUGAUUCAGAGUCUCAAACAAAAACUUCCGAAGAAUUUCACCAAAGCGAACAAGUGUUACAAGAAUGUGCCUCUCCUCAUUCAUUGCAGAGAUGGAGCUCAGCAAACAGGGAUAUUUUGUGCCUUACUAAAUCUCUUGGAAAGUGCAGAAACAGAAGAGGUGGUAGAUGUUUUUCAGGUGGUAAAAUCUCUACGUAAAUCUAGGCCAGGAAUGGUUUCCUCCUUUGAGCAAUACCAGUUCCUAUAUGACAUCAUAGCCAGCACCUACCCUGCCCAGAAUGGACAAGUAAAGAAAAGCGACCAAAAAGAUCAAAUUGAAUUUGAUAAUGAAGUGGACAAACCAAAUCAGGAUGUGAAUUCUGUUAGUCCACUUGGUGCCCAAGAUCAGACCCAGGAAGACAACAAAAAGGCUGAAGGUUCCGAAUCCACAAGUGGAACGGGCGCUGAGGAACCAGAAUGUUCUGCCAACGGUCCUGCAAGUCCAGCUUUAACCCAAAGUGCAUAG